ACCGGUAGCUAGCGUCAUCCCGAUUCAGAAAUACGCAUUCGUUCAAUAUACAUGUAGUUCUGUGCCACAGUUGUGAAUCUGUUCCAUCAAUAUGGUAAGGUUCCCUCCCUAAUUCUUAUUUUUCCGACGGUUGAGUUACGUUUGGGCAUAGAAUUUAGCGUCCUGUCCAGUAGCUAUCAAGACAAGAUCCCUCACGCUACAGAAACAGGUGAAAUAUUGGCAUACCAUAUCGGCCAUUCUGGCUCAUACGUUACUUUAUUUACUGUGUGUCUAAAAAACACAGCUGCUGUCAAACCAGUGUUCAGUAAGCUCUGAGUCUGAUGCAUUUGUCCUCUUAAGGAAUAAAGUAUUAUUAGAAUCAACACAGUCUCAAAUCUUGCAAAUGAAUGUUAGAGAGGAUGAUGACACAAAAACAGAGGCAGAUAGGCCUGCAGGAAAUUCCAGAACCCUCACCCUGACGGUGUGCUCCGCUGCCAUCGGUGGCACCUUCCAGUACGGCUACAACCUCUCCAUCAUCAACGCCCCCACCAACCACAUCCAGAGGUUCAUCAAUGACACAUACUGGGAGCGCUGGGGAACCGGCCUAGACACCUCCCAGGUGACCCUGCUGUGGACCGUGAUCGUGUCUGCCUUCUCCCUGGGUGGCCUGACCGGGGCUCUUCUGGCAGGACCCAUGGCUGUCCGCUGUGGGAGGAAGAACUCACUACUUCUCAAUAACUCUUUCUUGUUCCUCGGUGCAGUCCUCGCCCUUACCAGCAGGGCGGCGAGGUCAGUUGAGAUGAUUAUUCUCGCACGCCUGCUAGUGGGGGUCAACGCUGGGGUGAGCAUGAACGUCCAGCCCAUGUAUUUCGGAGAGAGCGCCCCCAAACACCUGCGUGGCGCUGUGGCCUUCUCCUCGGCCGUGUUCACCGCGUUCGGGAUCUUCCUGGGCCAGGUGGUGGGUCUAACGGAGCUGUUGGGUACCGAGCCCCUCUGGCCCUACCUCCUGGCCAGCAACGCCCUCCCAGGCCUCCUCCAGCUGCUCACCCUGCCCUGGUUCCCUGAGAGCCCCCGCUACCUGCUCAUGGACCGGGGGAACAAGGAGGCGUGCGCCCGGGCUCUGGGUAGGUUCCGCAGUGGAGCUGACUUCAGCCUGGAGAUGGAGGAGAUGCUGCAGGAGCAGGCUGACGCCGGUGGGGCCACGGCCAAGAGUCAGACUCCCUGGGACCUGUUCUCCAACCGCUCCCUCCACCCCCAGCUACGCACUGUGAUGGCUGCUAGCAGCGCCAUGAUGCUGUGUGGUAAUGACUCCAUCUACUUCUAUGCCUCUUACAUCUUCCAAGCAGCAGGGAUCCCUGUGAAGAAGGUCCAGUAUGUUUCUAUCGGCACUGGGGCCUGUGAGUUCACUGCUGCCGUCGUGUGUAACCUGCUGGUUGAGCGUGUGGGCCGCAGGAUGCUCCUCAGUGGCGGAUACGCCCUGAUGGCGGUCUGGGCGCUGGUCUUCACCCUGGCCCUGACCCUCCAGGGCUACUCUGUCCCAGGGAUGCCCUAUCUCAGCAUGGUCUGUGUGUUCUGCUAUAUCCUCAGCUUCGGUAUGGGCCCUGCCGGGGUUACGGGAAUCUUGCCUGCUGAGAUCUUUGACCAGACGGCUCGGCCUGCGGCCUACAUGGUGGCUGGGUCCCUCAUGUGGAUCAACCUCUUGAUAGUAGGCAUGGCUUUUCCGUUCAUAGUGAGUUACCUCGAUGCGCUCUGCUUCAUCCCGUUCUGUUGCGUCUGUGUGGCGGCCUCUUUGUUUGUGGGCCUCACUCUGCCUGAGACCAAGGGCAGGACACUGGCUGAGAUCACAGCAGAGUUUGAUAGGAGGAAUCCUUUGAAGAAGGGCCCAGAGAAGCAGGGGCCCGAGCCCAUGAAGGAGCAAUAUCAGCUGGGUAAAGCUCUCUCUCUCACCACUGUAGACCCAGAGCCCCUCUCUCAUCUCCUAGACCCAGAGCCCCUCUCUCUCACAGCCCUAGACCCAGGGCCCCUCUCUCUCACCGCCUAGACCAGAGGCUCUCUCUCUCACGGCCCUAGACCAGAGCCUCUCUCGCGGCACUAGACCCAGAGCCCCUCUCUUUCACUGCCCUAGGCCCAGUGUCUCUAUCUCUCACCGCCCCAGACCAGACCCGCUCUCUCUCACCGCCCUAGACCCAGAGCCUCUCUCUCUCACCGCCCUAGACCCAGAGCCUCUCUCUCUCAUCGCCCUAGACCCAGAGCCUCUCUCUCUCACCGCCCUAGACCCAGAGCCUCUCUCUCACCACCCUAGACCCAGAGCCUCUCUCUCUCACUGCCCUAGACCCAGAGCCUCUCUCUCUCACCGACCCAGAGCCUCUCUCUCUCACCGCCCUAGACCCAGAGCCUCUCUCUCACCGCCAAAGACCCAGAGCCUCUCUUUCUCACUGCCCUAGACCCAGAGUCUCUCUCUCUCACCACCUAGACCCAGAGCCUGGGGGGGACAGUCUGGGGGUCUGAGGGUGGGGUAUUAUAUGAAUUAUAUUUAAUUAUGGUGUAUGAAUGUGGUGCCUUGGUCCCUAAACCAAUAGCCUAUACCUCUUUAUGAACUCACUGUAAUCAAGACUGCUGUUAUAAUGACAAAUUAAGGCUGUCCCCGACUAAAAAUAAAAUCUUGGUCGACCGAGAGUCUUCCUGUUCUUUCGACCAAUCAAAAUGUUUAAACUUAUUUUUCCAUAUAUAGACAUACACCCUAUGUGUUUGAAUAAAAUCAACUACAUAUGCACUGAGCUUGUCUGAUGCUUUAAGCACACUGUUUGAUUAGAUAAUUAUCACACAAAAAUGACUCAAGAAAGAGCCCGAUGGUCACACUGUGUUAAAAGAAAUGACAUUGAGUGCCUGUGUGACUAGCGCACGUUGUCUCGUUCUCCUCCCUACUGCAGCGAAAAGGCACCACACCACAACAAGUGUUUGUUGCGCUGUCCGUGCUGAAACUGCAACAUCAUUUCAGCCAUUUCGUUUCUUACUUGUUUCUGACUGAAAAGUUAUGUUAUCGAAAUCCGUAAUUUGUUUACAAAAAAUAUUCCCUAUUCCCUCAACCCUUGCUCUCUUUACAUGAAACAUGUAAGCAUCGCAUGCAUGUGACCAAUAGGGCCUAUAGCCUAUCAUAAUCACAUCAAUAAAUUGCUUAUAACAAACUCCAAACCCAUAAUGUUGACUAGCAAAAUGGACGCGGAGGACAUGGAAAAUGAAACUCAAAACGGGCGAAUAUUUACUGGUUGCUCAGGAGGGAAAGGGGAAGUCAGAUCUGUCGAAGACAUUUGACUUAGUUGUGGAAACUACUGGUGAUUAAGAAAUAUUUGGGUACAGGCGCAAGCGUUGUGAGAAUCGUGUGCCAAACAGUUGCUGUCAGAUUACAAUAUUAUAAUUUUUUAUAACCAUUUGGAACAGUCUAAAUAACACUAAAUAUAUAAGUGUACCAGAGAGUCUGUACUAAUGAAAAAAACAAAUAUAUAUAUAUAAAGCCUUUAUUACAUCAGACUAAAAACAGUUGCAUGCAUUCGUGAAUUGCGGUUUAUUUAUUGAUUAGGUAAAUUAUUCUAAGCUUCCUUUAUUUAUUUGUAAAACUAAAAUGCUUGAUUGCAUUUGAAAGCAUGAUUGUCUCGUAUGUUUUGUGAUGGCAUGAACGAACGAAGGAAUGAAGGAUUGAUUGAUACGGUAGCCUAUAUAAUGAAAUAUAGGCCUAAGUAAGUUAUGGUAUUAAGACUAAACAGGACGCGCUCUUAGGCCUACACCUCGAUGGUGGUUAUACAAGGUUAAAAUACAAAGCCUACUAAUGAUGAUGACAUUACUCAUUAUUAUAAUGAUUAAAAACAGCCAAAUCUGUGAAAUUGCUUUAGCCGCCAUUUUGCCAUUGCAUGAGGCUUGGUGCUCAUGGAAUUAGUAGGCUAUUAAAGAAACACUCAAACAAGCAACAGAAGCAAUAUCUGUCUUAUUUCUGUAGCUGUAUAUGGAUGAUUUGUAAAGCCAGGCACAUUUAACAGUUAGGCUAUUCAUUAUAGACCUAAUUCAAUUGUGGUUUCCUCGCUCCUCAAUUUUCUUAGACAAUUAGGCUAAGGCAAGGGCUGUUUCCCCGUCUCUGCUGCUGCCUCCGCCGCAUUGUUCUCAAUCCCAAUAUGCUGGUUAACUUUGCUAUUAUGCACAUAGCAACAUAGGGAAAGGCAGCAAUUCUAUGGCGCACUGAAGAUUGUUUCAGAACCACGGACAGUGACCGUAUCCAAUGCGGGAGAAAAAUAUUAAUUUAGAACAAAUUAGUUGAUUUAUUAAUGUUGCACCAUUAUUUUUACGUAAUAUAACCAUAUAAAAUGUCAGUAUCACGUGUUAGAGUGAUGGAUUGUGCCCUCCCCUUGGCCUUUGCAAUGGAUUAGUCCACUGAGACAGCCGUGAAUCAGACAGGUCUUGUGCAUCAUGAAAAAUUGCUACUGCUUGACUAAAGAGAUCUCGGUCGACCAACAGCUUAUCGGCCAAUUAAUCGGCCAGUCGACUAAAUGGGGUCAGCCCUAUAAUGAAUAAUGAUUUUGAAUAAUGAUUUUGCACUAUAUUAUUGCUAUGAUUUCUUUAUCAAAACUCCAUUACCUCCAUUAUGUUUAGACUGAUGUAAUUAUGGUGCAGUUUGAGUCAGAUAUGUUCCUUCCAUACAUGUGUGAUAUGGGGAAAGGGCAUUGUCUGGUUAUACUUGAAUAUCAGUACUGUACUACUCUCAUCAAGUCCAGUCUCUACAGUUAUGUACAAUUUAGAAUGUUGUAAGCUCGACCUAUUUUGCUGUAAAUGCCAAACCUUAAUUGAUAUUGAUUGUUGCAGUAUGUUUACAGUAUAUAAUGCAUGUUUUAUUUAUCACCAAAAGGAGUGUUGGAUUAUGUAUUUUCAUCCUAUUUUGUCUGUUUGAUCAGGAAAUCACCAGCUAUUUUCACUCUUUAUGCCACAACACAAACACUUAAAACACAUAAUAUAGGCUAUAAUGUUGAGCAGACUAUUUAAAUUACUAUCCAGAAUGUCCAUUAGGUGGCAUCAUUGCGCUGAGUAAAUCCUUUUUUUCAGGGUUUCAUGUAUGUACCUUCAGUAUCAGGUCCACCCUACCCUUGGUUACUCUUGGGUACCCAAAGGUUAUCUAUGCACUUUCAAGCAUGACAAAGAAACUCUAUGAAGCCAUUAUUUGCAAUUCUUGCUUUGUAUCUAUUUGAGUGUUAGACUGAAACAAGUGCUGAUGUCAAUCCAGCAAUCUUUUUCUGUCAUGAAACAACUAUAUGAUAUAGAUACAGUACCAGUCAAAAGUUUGGACACAUCCACUCAUUCCAGGGUUUUUCUUUAUUUUUA